AUGCCGAGCACAAUUUGUGUAUCAUGUCGUGGAGAACGAUCAGCCGCUUUAGUUCGACCAAAAACAAGUGAACCAUAUUGUAAAAUAUGUUUUUUUCAAGCAUUCGAACGUGAAAUACAUGAAACAAUUGUUAAAGAACAAUUAUUUAAACCCGGAGAAACAAUUGCUAUUGCUGCAAGUGGUGGAAAAGAUUCUACUGUUCUUGCAUAUGUAUUAAAAUUACUUAAUGAACGACAUUCCUAUGGUCUUAAUCUUGUUUUAUUAUCAAUUGAUGAAGGUAUAACUGGUUAUAGAGAUGAUUCACUUGAGACAGUAAAACGUAAUCAACAACAAUAUGAUUUACCAUUAAUUAUUCUUACAUAUAAAGAAUUAUAUGGUUGGAGUAUGGAUGAAAUUGUUAAAGCAGUUGGUCGUAAGAAUAAUUGUACAUUCUGUGGUGUAUUUCGUCGUCAAGCUCUUGAUCGUGGUGCAAUGAAAUUAUCCGUAAAUAAAAUAGCUACAGGUCAUAAUGCAGAUGAUAUUGCUGAAACAAUUCUAAUGAAUAUUCUUCGUGGUGAUAUAGCACGUCUUAAACGAUGUACAUCAAUAAUAACCGGUGAUGAAUCUGAUGAUAAUGAAGUUUCUGUUAUACCUCGUUGUAAACCAUUAAAAUAUGCAUAUGAAAAAGAAAUUGUUCUUUAUGCAUUUUAUAAACGUUUGGAUUAUUUUUCUACAGAAUGUAUUUAUUCUCCAAAUGCAUAUCGUGGUAAUAUAAGAACAUAUAUAAAAGAUUUAGAACGUUUAAGACCAUCAUCAAUAAUUGAUAUUAUACAUAGUGGUGAACAAUUAAUUGUUAAACCAACAACAAAAUUACCUGUACAACGUAUAUGUGAACGAUGUUCAUAUUGUUCAUCAAUGCCAAUAUGUAAAGCAUGUUUAUUAAUUGAAGGUCUUAAUAAAGGUAUACCAAAAUUAGGUAUUGGAAAAACUGAACGUUAUCGAAAAGAAAUGCAACAAAAACAAGAUCAAUGUUGUAAUGAUCAAUCAUUAUGUCAUUGUAUGAAAGAAAAAUUAACAGUGACUGAACAAAACUAA